AACUUAUUACUCAGGCUGCUUCUAGCUUCUAGCUACCUCUGCGGAUCGGACAAGCAUACCCCUAUCAUCGAUCUAUCAAACAUCUAACCACCGGAUAACGGGAACAGGAGAGGUGGAGGAAUUAAACCUAAAAGAGAUGUGCAUAAGUCUGACAGAGCUUCUCAGCAGCCCUCGCCCCCUCCAGAUCCAAGACAAAGGAAGAAAUUAGAAAUUGAAGUGGAAAAUGAUCUAUGGUUGAGAUACUGAGUUGAUAAUCCUAUAUCUUGUUGUCAAGCCCAAUUUGUCCUGUGUUUAUAAUUUUAUAUUAAGAUGUUGAGUUGUUUAUUUAUCUAUUCUUCAAAAGGUAUUCCAUGGACAUAUCAAUGAGUUCUUUAUAAGGUUUAGUGCCAACGUGGGGGAAAAGUCCUUUCAGUUUCUACAUUUUUUGCCAUUCUUCUAAAACUAUAAACCGAUAGUCAAAUGUCAUAUUUCUAGCAUUCUUCUCAUUGAAAACAUAAUUUGUUAAUUGGUGUCUAGAUGACCUCAACGGUGCUGGACUUAAAUUUGCAGAAAAGAUGUUCAGUAUCUAAUUAAACAACAUAUUCAGAGAAAUUCUAAAAAGGUAAGAUCAAAACUAUGAAUUGGUGCAGAACAUGAAUCUCAAAUGCAUUGCCGAUACUAAAAUCAAUAUCACUCAAUCUUAAAUAGCAUUGCAAACUCCUUAAAUAGCAUUGCAAACUCAACGGAAGCUCACUCCCAACCAUUUUGUCGAGCAUUAGGUAAGCAGCAUUGUCGCAAGGCGAGCAGCGUACAAGGAAUAGGAACGUACAACUUGGGAAAUCAGGUGUGCGCCUAGAAAUCAUCGGGGGUGGAGAAGUACGUAUGCACAACUGAACUGAAUGGCACGAAUUCCUCCAAAACAGGAAUUGGAAUCCCAGAAUCUUAGUCAUUUGAUUCAAUCGGAGACAAAAUUAGGGAGGAUGUGAGAGGAAGGCACUUUACUCUGAGAGAGGCUGAACGAGUAGGUGAGCACGCGGCGGAGGUUGCUGGGAAGCUGUUGCACGGCCUUCGUCUUGAAGAAUUCGCGUCGGCACCCUGCAUUCCCACAAUCCAACCUGGAACAGCAUCACGAAGGGGCGGCCGCCUUGCUGCUCCGAGCUUCACCAUCACCAGAGCAUUGCGAGGGAGGAGGAUGCGAACGGGCCGAGGUGGCUCAGGAAGACGAUGCGUCGGAUCUGCCUGGUGCGCGAGAACGUCAACUACUUCCAUGGCCGACUGGCGGAGGGGAGCCGGGACAGCACGACCGGCUCAAGCAGUGGUGGCGCAAGGGCGACGCAGACGACGGGAGCGGUGGAACGGAGCAGAGAUGGUGCGGCCGACUCGAGCGCCGGAGCCCGGUGGGCACGACGGAGGCUAGCGGCCAACGGAUGGAGAGAGGCGCGCUAGGCAGAGGUGGCCCGGGCUCCAGAUCAUUCGCGAGCGCCCGAUUCGGCUUAACGGGCGCGAGACCCGCGAGGAUCCCGAUCAGAUGGUUCAUGUCGCUGGAUAGCUUGAUCCGACGGCUAGAGAGUUAGCGGGUGACGUGGCUUUAUCGGGUGCCCGCUUCUGUUGUGGAAAUCAUAUAUAGAGAUUGUGGGUCAUUGGGUGAGACAAAAACUUGAUAAUCUAAAAUGGCAUCCCGCAAUAAUAAUAAUUUAGGAGGAAAAGUAUCUAGACUGAUAAUACCACCGUAAUUUAUUAGCUGACUUAGAAAAUAUCAUUGGACACCCAUUUGCAUGCAUCGGAAAAAUUUGUAUCUUAGCCAUGAAGAUUUAUUAGGUCGGUCCAGCUUUAUUUCUCCCCGAGUAGGUAGAAGGAGUAUCAAGCUUUUCUAAAAAAAAAUGUGUAAGCCAGCUGCCAUCGGCGUAUUCAUCGAUGGUCAAAAGAUUUGAUGCGAUGUGCAGAUGUCUCCUGUGCUUUCACCUAGUUUCCCCCAACUUUACUAGGGAGUGUGAUGUCAGCCUGUCACCAAAAUUUAGAUUGUUGAGGUUGUUUUAGGUGUAUCGACGCCAAACCUUGUGGUAAUGUGGUGUGCGUGUGCGUACUUGUUUGUUCGCCCUUGUUUAUCUGCUUUCCAGAGUAAGCCAUUUCAACCAAUACUAGAAAUAAUGCUUGCUCCAUUAGAUGUCUUCAUCCAUGCACGGCUCAAUUAACAAGUUCUUCUGCCCAUAACACUAGCUGUGUACUGCUUGCUUGUGAGUGCGUGCGAACAUCAAUUUGUUGCAUGCAAGCAACACCCAACUACCACUAACUACUUAGUCAGCUAGCGUAGUGGCAGCUCCACAUCAUCAGACAUUUGGAGUAGGAGGCCACGAUCCUGAUCUGCAAAUUUGGUUGCGCACGCGUGCAUGCUCGCCAACAUGUACGAGAUCGCCGCUAGGCGCUAGUGCUCAUCUCAAAAGAUCGAGGCAGCAAGCAACAGCUAGCCAGGCCGGCCGAAAUGGUCCCCGUCAGAGCAGAGGCGGUCGCCGCCGCUCUUCUCCUCCUCGUCGCCGCCGCCGGCGUUGCCGCGGGGUUCAGGACUGGGCCGCCGGUGUCGAAGGAUACCCUCGAGAAGGUGGCCGCCUCGCUGGAAAUGUACGUCGACGAGCUCCCUCAGAUGCCCAAGGUCCUCGGCUACUCGCUCAAGUACGGCCGCCCCGAACCGACGCACCUCACCAUCGGGAUGUACGAGAAGAAAUGGAAAUUCCACCGGGACCUGCCGGCGACCACCGUGUUCGCGUUCGGCACGUCGGCGGCGACCGCCACCUUCCCGGGCCCCACCAUCGAGGCCCUGCAGGGGGUCCCGCUGCAGGUGACGUGGGAGAACCACCUCCCCGACCGCCACAUCCUGCCGUGGGACCCCACGGUCCCCACCGCCAUCCCCCGCGCCGGCGGCGUGCCCACCGUCGUCCACCUCCACGGCGGCGUCCACCCGCCGCGGUCCGACGGCCACGCCAACGCCUGGUUCACCGCGGGGUUCCGCGAGAGGGGCCCCACUUGGUCGACGCCCACGUACGCGUACCCAAACGCGCAGUCCCCCGGCGUGCUCUGGUACCACGACCACGCGCUCGGCCUCACCCGCGCCAACCUCCUCGCCGGCCUCCUCGGCGCCUACGUCAUCCGCAACCCCGCCGCGGAGGCGCCGCUCGGGCUCCCCUGCGGCGACGCCUUCGACCGCGUGCUCGUGCUCGCCGACCGCAGCUUCCUCGCCGACGGCUCCAUCUACAUGAACUGCACCGGCGUCGACCCCCGCGCCCACCCGCAGUGGCAGCCCGAGUACUUCGGCGAGGCCGUCGCCGUCAACGGCAAGGCGUGGCCGCUCCUCGCCGUCGCGCGCCGCCGCUACCGCUUCCGCAUCAUCAACGCCAGCAACGCGCGCUACUUCAACCUCUCGCUGUCCAAUGGCCUCCCGUUCCACGUCGUCGGCUCCGACGCCAGCUACCUGCCGCGGCCGGCCUCCGUGACGCACCUCCUCGUCGCCGUGGCCGAGGCCUUCGACGUCGUCGUCGACUUCUCCGAGUCCGCGACCCCGGAGGCGGAGCUCGUCAACACGGCGCCGUACCCGUACCCCGACGGCGACGCGCCGAGCCGCCUCACCGGCAAGGUGAUGAAGUUCGCUGUCGAGCCCGCGGCGGUGCUGGACGACCGCUCCAGGGUGCCGGCGCGGCUGCCGGAGUACGUCGAGGUCGCCGAGGAAGAGGCGGCGGCGCAGAGGCGGUACAUCGUGCUGUACGAGUACGAGGACGCGGCGACGGGGAGCCCGACGCACCUGUACAUCAACGGGAAGCGGCUGGAGGACCCGGCGACGGAGACGCCGCGGGCCGGCACGACGGAGGUGUGGGAGGUGAUCAACCUGACGCAGGACAACCACCCGCUGCACCUCCACCUGGCGACGCUCCAGGCCGUGCGCGCGCGGGGGCUCGUCGGGCUGGAGGAGUUCAGGCGGUGCAUGGAGAGGCUCAACGAUGCGACCAGGUGCGACGUGGGGCGGCACGCCGUGGGGGAGGAGGCGGCGGUGCCGGAGCACGAGCGGACGUGGAAGAACGUGGUGAAGAUCGCGCCGGGGUUCAUGACGACGGUGGUGGUCAAGUUCCUGAUGGUCGAGACCGGCAGGACGUACCCGUUCGACGCCACGGCCGAGCCAGGAUACGUCUACCACUGCCACAUUUUGGACCAUGAGGACAACGCCAUGAUUCGGCCGCUGAAACUGAUCAAAUGAUAUGUUUCCUCCACUACUACUUGGGCAAAGAACUUUUACAGGCGAUCGAUAGCUCAUUAAGCUAGAAAAAAAAUUGUGGUAAGCCAAACAAGGCUUAAACCAUCAAGUGUAAAUUGGUUCCGUCACCAAUGAAAGAACAGAUUACAAGCCAAUA